UUUCUCUGGGGAAAAUUUCCUUUCGCGAGCUUCGCUGGUUUCUAUGGAAAAUGCUUACUACGAGACAAUGUAAUUUCUGCAUGGCGAGCGUGAGACCGUUUUGGCGCCGUUAAUAAGAGUACGUUAGUACUAGCAGCUAUUAACGCUCAACCUAAAUUAGGGUUAACUACUGUCAAACCAGUCUAAAUAUGAGUUUUUCGUCAGGUUCGUCCUUUAACAUUGAGGAUAUUAUGAAACCUCCCAUGAUUGAAGGUGCUGAUGGAAAACCUAAAGUUGAGCAGCUAAUGACCAAACUCAGAAUGCUGCAACAAGGAAAUAGGGUUCUGGAGGAUGAGUUAAAGGAGGCCCAGUCAACCAACGAUUCCCUGCAACUGGAGCUGGACAGUGUGCAGACAAAGGCUUACCAACUGGAGGGAAUCCAUAAAGAGACAGAUGAGUCAUGCAGGGUCCUGCAGUUCCAGUGUGAGGAGAUUGAGCAGGACACCAAUAGGUGAACACCUGCAGCUGAGAUAACUGGUCCAGUAGGGAUACUGUGACUGACAAGGUGGCAGACAAAUACAGUUUUGUAUCUCAACACUAGAUGGCAGCAUACCUCAAUGCAGGCUGUUUAGUGAGGUUCAUAAGAUGCAAAAAAAAGAAACUUAGAUCUGUGGUUACAUGUACACGUACAGUGGUUUAAGCCAUUUAAUUAAGCCAAUAUUUCUUCAACAAAAGGCAGGUAAGGUAGGUUUUGCAAACCCAGAAACUUUGUCUUGGUUUGGAAAGGAUUCAAACCAAAAUAUUUUACCCCCUCCCUUCAAAGCCACUCACCCAAAACAUAUGCACAAACUGCCUAACUACUGCCGGGAGGUAGGCAGGUAGACAGGAAAGUAGCCUGUCCAAUGGUCAAAAUAAUUGGUUGUGUUUAUUACAGUCCUGCUACGCCCACAUAUAUCAGGAUUGAUUUAAUCUUACUGUCAAAUCUUUAUAUGAAUUGGUUCCUAUUAGGAUGUGGAUUCCAGGCAACAGGGCAAAACAUGCUUCCCAACAACCAAAGCCUGCCUUUAAGACAGACAGACAUGUCCUGAGUGUGUGUGUAUGUCCAGACAUUUACAGCUGAACAGGAACAGUGAGGGCCUGGUGGAGCAGUACAGGUGUCAGAUCCAAGAAGCCAAGCUUAAACGCAGGAAACAACGGUAGAAUACCUAAUGCACAUGAGUACUUGUAUAAAGGGUAAACAGAUCACAUUGAGUUUUAUUUACAUGCCAAUUUGCAGUCAUAAACUUGUAUUUAAAGUCCAUUUUAGGAAACUUACCUACAGUUCAGAUACUUCGACUAAAAAACGUUUUGAUAUUUCUUGAAGGAUGAGGUUUGAAAACCAACUUCAGCAGCUGAUAGAACAGCACAAGAGUCUACACUCAGUCUUUACCACCGAGAGACUGCCAACUGAAAUAGAGACUGUAGAAAACACCCGGUCUCAUCUGCUGACGGCUGGUAUGGUCCUGUUUACAAUGUAUCUCUGCGUAAUGUCUUGGAAUGAAGUUUCUGUGUCUGUGAUUUCUGACACUUUCUUGGUUUUGUUUGUAGAGCAGCUAAAGUUGCUUCAACUACGCCACCUACAGGAGGAGCUGGAUGAGCUUACAAAACAAACGUAGCCAGAGGCAGGAGUAAGGAAGACUGCGUAUGUUUAAAAUCACACAUAUCUGCUUCCUCUUUUUGUUACACUUUAGAGAUACCAUCCUUUAGUGAUCAAAUAUGUUGUGUUUUAUGGGAUCAUUUUGUAGCGUGAAAGAUUUCAAGCAAUAUACCAAUUUAGAUUAGCAUGUUUCAGAAAAGCAUAGGAAGUCUUUGUCUCUUUGGAGCAGACAAUACUUACUGGCUUCCUGAAAAAGGGAUUCCACACACCUCGGUUAGAUUUUGUGAAGAACAUGAUUGUUUAUCUUUACAAAACCUUCAUGAACAUGUCAACU